GGGAUGGGCGACAAGGAGGGUCCGCUCCGCUGGCGGGAAGAAGAAGGCGCAGACGGUGCACGGCGGCGGCGCCUGGAAUCAGGGGCCGGUUUAGUUUGGCCCCCGAGGUGGAGGAGGCGAGCUAGGGUUUUGCUAGGGGAAGGGUGUCAGGAAAGCGAAUCGCUGCUUUUUCCAUUUUUCCUCACACACCCGCCUCAUUUGCAUGCCCUCCUCCCUCACCGCCUCCUUUCUCCGAGGCGCGUUUUUGCGCUGCGCUCUUGGAGAGCCCUCGCCAAGAGCGCCCUUGCGCGCUCCGGGGGAGAAGACGAAGGGGGCGCUUCCGUUCGCUCCCACUUCUCGCCAGUCUGCCUCGCCUCCCACUCGCGCUUCGCCCCUCCGCUCUCCCACGCUGAGCUUCUCUUUCUCUCUCGGUGUGUGUGUGUCUUUCCCCCUCCCUCUUUCUCUCUCCUCUUGGACGUCUCAAGGCGACAAUGACCAAGUCCCUGAGCCAGCCCGAGCAGAGGGACUCGGCGGUGGCGCCCUUGCGGGACUGCUCUGACCCGCCGCUCCAAAAGAAGGACGUGGAGCUACUCCUGGUGAAAGAGCAGAACGGCGUACAGUACACCAGCAGCAACCUUCUGGAGACCCGCAGCCCGCGCUACAGUCCCACCGCCGCGGAGCCAGAGCGGGAGACGUGGGGCAAGAAGAUCGACUUCCUCCUCUCGGUCAUCGGGUUCUCGGUGGAUCUGGCCAACGUGUGGAGAUUUCCCUAUCUCUGCUAUAAAAACGGAGGAGGUGCCUUCCUUAUACCUUACAUACUCUUCCUCGUCAUUGCUGGGAUGCCCUUGUUCUACAUGGAACUAGCUUUGGGCCAGUAUAACAGAGAAGGGGCUGCCACCGUAUGGAAAAUCUGUCCACUUUUUAAAGGUGUAGGCUAUGCUGUGAUACUCAUAGCUCUAUACGUGGGUUUCUACUACAACGUUAUCAUAGCUUGGUCUCUGUAUUAUCUGUUUGCAUCCUUCACACUGGAGGAGCUUCCCUGGACGAAGUGUGGCAACCCCUGGAACAGCCCCAACUGCAUAGACCCCAAACUCAUCAAUGCCUCAACAUUUGCUGCUGGAACCACUUAUUCCAAGUACAAGAUAACUCCUGCAGCUGAAUUUUAUGAGCGGAGAGUUCUACAGCUUCACCUAAGCCGGGGGAUUCAUGAUAUCGGCUUGCCCCAAUGGCAGCUCACACUGUGUCUCGUGGUUGUGGUGAUCACUGUUUUCUUCAGCCUGUGGAAAGGUGUGAAGACUUCAGGAAAGGUUGUAUGGAUAACAGCCACAUUGCCUUACGUUGUUUUAUCCGUACUGUUAAUCCAUGGACUGACAUUGCCUGGUGCGUAUGAUGGAAUCAAAGCAUACCUCAACAUUGACUUUAGAAGAUUAAAAGAAGCCACAGUAUGGAUUGAUGCAGCCACACAAAUAUUUUACUCCUUAGGGGCUGGGUUUGGGGUCUUAAUUGCCUUUGCCAGCUACAAUAGAUUUGACAACAACUGCUACAGGGAUGCGUUGAUGACCAGUACGAUCAAUUGUGUCACUAGCUUCAUCUCUGGAUUUGCCAUUUUUUCUAUACUGGGCUACAUGGCACAUGUAUACAAAGUCAAAAUUCAAGAUGUGGCCACCGAAGGAGCUGGAUUAGUUUUCAUCAUUUAUCCAGAAGCUAUUUCAACCCUUAAAGGAUCAACUUUUUGGGCAAUAGUGUUUUUCAUAAUGCUGCUUUCACUGGGUAUUGACAGUUCUAUGGGUGGCAUGGAAGCUGUCAUCACUGGCUUAGCAGAUGAUUUCCACAUCCUAAAAAGACAUAGAAAGCUUUUCACAUUUGGGGUCUCCUUCGGCACCUUCCUUGUUGCUCUCUUUUGCAUAACAAAUGGUGGAAUCUACAUACUGACUCUGUUGGACACAUUUGCUGCUGGGACGUCCAUCUUGUUUGCUGUUUUAAUAGAAGCCAUUGGCGUCUCCUGGUUUUAUGGUGUGGACAGAUUCAGUGAAGACAUCCAGCAAAUGAUGGGCUUCAAACCAGGCCUCUACUGGAGACUUUGUUGGAAAUUCGUGAGCCCUGCUUUUUUAUUGUUUGUGGUAAUAGCCAGCAUUGUCACUUUUAAACCUCUGACCUACGAUGAGUACGUCUUCCCACCCUGGGCCAACUCUGUCGGAUGGGGAAUAGCAUUGUCAUCAAUGAUCCUUGUGCCUGCGUAUGCCCUCUAUAAAUUAUUGAAGGCGCGAGGGACCUUUAAACAAAGACUAGCAUAUUGCAUCACACCUGAGAAUGAACACCAUCUUGUAGCAGAAGGGAAUGUGCGGCAGUAUAAGUUCCAGCAUUGGCUAUCUAUAUGAUGAUUAAGAAAAGGAAAGCCAGUACCUUAUAAAGAGAAAUUGGGAAUACCUGUGAAGUCAGUGACAAAGCUCUCAAUCAUGCUUGGUCCUGGCAGGCUGGCACACUCCGAAGAGUAUCUCCAGCUUUCUUUGGGCGAAGAUUCAUCAUUCACACCCUAUCACACAAUCAUUCAGUUUGUCAAAUGAACUUCCCAGACCAUUCAUUGGUUUUUGUUUAAGGUUUACAGGGUGGGUGGGGAUUAACAUAUAAGUUCUCAGUGUGCUGAUCUUGAUCCUGACCAAAGCAGUCAUCUUUGCUAAUGACUGAAACAAAAAUUGGGGAGGGGGGGCGAGAUAAAAAUCAGUGUUCAGCUAAAGGUUGUCUUAUCUGGGGGCAGAAAUGUCAACAACAUAUUUCAAAUGCUUGUUUCAAAGGGAGAAAAUAGGAAGGUGCCUUAUACCAAGUCAGAUCAUUGAUCCAUCUAACUCAAUAGGGUUUCAGUUAGGAGAUAUUCCCAACCCUACCUGGAGACUCCAUGGAUUGAACCUGGGACCUUUGCGUGCAAAGCAGGGGCUCUGCCCAUGAGACACAGCCUUCUCCCUUUAAAGUAUGUCUGGCAUUGGUCUGACUAGACAAAAUUCUAGUCUCUGAAACAGGUAUGUCCAUCUGCAAAUCAACAUUUGAUUGUGAAAUCAUAGACCCCAGUCCCACUGUCAAAUUGCUCUUAGCAUCAAGAUGUCUCCCCCUCCCAUGUUCGGUCAAGUGGGUGACUUGCUUAGGUAGUACUUUGGAACACUCCCUUGUCAUUUCUGGUGUGAUACUUUUCUAAACAAAGGUGGUUGUCUUAGUUGCACAUAUCUGCCUUUCCUGGAAAGUGGCCAGAGUUGGAAUUAGGUUCCAAGCUCUUGAGGCCAAAUGGCAGAGAAUCUUUGUGUGUGUGUGUGUGUGUGUGUGUCACUGGGCAAAAUCAUUCCCUUGUAGUUCCUGUGUUUUCUACACAAGUGGAAGUGGAGGACCAGAGAGAGAGAGAGAGAGAAGUAGUCAAAUACUCUUGCUAUGCUUUGUUUAUACUUUGUGCUUUAAAUACACACACACACACACACACACACACACACACACACACCAAAUUCAUUAUGCUCACACACACAUAAAAUAAAAGGCACCACCAGCUGGCUGCAUAUCAGAUGUGGAUAUGGUGGCUCCUGUGAAUGGGUUGACCUAUUCCUAUUCCACAAACCAUCUUGGCAGUCCUUUAUAACUGAAAUAUAUAGGUGCUCCUUGCUGAUAUACCAUGAUCUAUCUAAAUUCUAAUGAUCUUCUGCAGAAGCUAGAAAGACAAAAUUUGGUUAGUAAUUUUUUUGGGAGGGGUGAUAAUCUAAAACACCAGUUUUUAAAAACUGAUAAAUUCAAUAGCUUUUAGGGGUUUUAGUGCAUGUCGCAUAGGGAGCCCCCCAAAACCUGGUGGCUAGAAUGUUGGGUUUGAUGAACAAGGUAAUCCCAAGGUCAUUUGGACAAAUCAUUGGCUGAGUUGGUAAAGCUGUGCAUGGGCUCUACCAAUUUAGGCUUUUGUUUGGGGGUUGACAUGAUGUAAUGUUCCACCAUACCACCCCCAGCCAAAUUUCUAAACAAAGUGCUUAUCAACCUUUUUCAGCCCAAGAACUACAUUCUCCCAUGGACAGCCUUCCAGGAACCACAUCCCACGGGCAGGCAGCAACCCGAGGAUAGAAUGAGUGGAGCAAUGCAAUUGGCUCUUACCUUUAACACAGUAGGCUACAGUCAAGCUACGUAUAUAUCAUUUUCAGAAAGGCAGCCAGCCCCUCACAACACACAUUUCUCCAUCCAGGAAAGCAAAAGGCAUGCCCACGUCAGGGACACAUUCCAGCCAAGGGAGAUAUGGAGCAGGGUAAGUGUAGCUUGGGGAGAAGAGAGUAUAGAAGGACAAUGCCCGGGGAAAGUCCAGUAGCUUUGAAGUUCCAACCAACAGAGCCUCUCUCAAGCCUUCCUGCCUAUGACCACUUCCUGACCCCCACUUUCUCCCUCUUUCCCCUCCUUGCUACCAACAACAGAUCUUAACUAUCAGCAUUCUACCUCAGAAAGUUCCUUCUCCUCCACCUCUCCAGCCUCAUUUCAAGUAGGGUGUGUACACACUCAUUUUCUCCUCCACCACCCAUAAUAAGUGAAGCCAGGCUUUCAGAAGUUAUUUGCCACAGAGGAGGGGAAAAUGUUGCCCUUAUGUGCGGCUCUGGGAGCAGUUUUUGCUCCACUGCAUACUCUUCUACACAUCUGCCCAGCACAUUGAUUUCAUUUCAAGAAGUCCAAUAGCAAGAAGUCCAUCUGACCCCAGUGUGCCUUAACAUCAUGAUGUGCUGUUUAGCAUUAGCAUGAAAUCCACACCAAAUCAGACUGUUGUGCAAUUAAUGCACCUCAAACACUUUGAGUGUAGAUGAUUUAUGGUGUAACCCAGACAAUACAAAUCUCAAUUCUUCACUUUUCUAUACAUUGCUUUCAUUGUCCUCUCUUUUCAUCUAACAUCCCCUUGAGAGUAAGUGCUUUAGAUCUGAGGAACCAUCAAACCUUCUAAAUGAUUGUUUCAAUACACAGUUGUUAUAUUAGUGCUGUGCAUGAAGGGCAAUUUGGAACUGGACUGAACCUAAGAAUACCAAGUCACCCAGCUUAGUAUUAAACAAACCUCGUCCACAUGGCCAAGUGCCAACGUUGUGUCUCCCUCUAGCAACACUGGGGAGGGAGGGAGACCAGCUACACUGUUGAGGACAUGGAACAGAAGCUUAUGGUAGAGAAGACCCAAAUAUGCUCAGUUUGGGUCUUUCCAAAGCCAUGUGCAAAUCCCAGUGUUGGACCGAUAUUCAUUUGAAUGGAAGAAGUAGAGGCACUUUUGACAGGGAACACCUUCCAAGACCCACCUGUUCUGUUUUGUUUUCCAUCUUUACGAUGGAUUCUUGGCAAUAAUUUAAUUCUGAGUGUUUCAGCAGGCAGAAGACCAAUAACUUUAUGACUCUGUGAUCACAAAUUGAAGUCAACACGAGUCUACACAAAGUCAACAACUUCCCCUUUUGGACUCAAUAUUUAUAUUCAUUGAAGGAGUAUCAGAAAUAGCAUUUGAAAACCAUAGCAGAGGAUUAUGCCUUUGUGUUACCUCAAAUCAUCUUCACAGAUCUUGGUGUCAUACCCAAAUGAAUCUCUGGAAGAGUGUGCAAUGCUGGUGAGGGGAGCCUGGCUGUUGUUGAGACUCACCUGUUGCCAGUCUUUUAUGUACCUGUGGAUCAGCCUUUCAAAAUUAUAAAUGAUCUGCUUCCAUAUAUGUGUAUAAUGUACCUGAUAGCUGGGAUCCAAAGGGUUGUUUUAGCCAGGCCCGGUGGGAUUUUUGACUCACUUUACUUUGAAUAGCAGGAAUGAGUUUCACAUCAAAUUUUCAUAAGGGUAAAUUUUCACUGUGAAAGUUGUCAUCUCAGGGUGAGAUGGAGAGGGUCACCUUCUGCAACUUGCAGUAUUCUGUAUUUUUUUCUUCUUCAUGCUGGUUGGCAGCUGGUUGACUUGCAAAGAGGUGUAGCAGCACUCACAUAGCAAUACACACACACAUACAUUCACGAAAAGAGUUCCCAACUUGUUUUGGCUCAGCACUAGCAAACAUCCAUACUCAUGAAUUAUAUCCAACUAAAUUCUGCUCAGAGUAAAUCCAUUGAGACUGAUUUAUGUUAGUCCUGUAUGUUAAUUUCAAUGUGUCUAAACUGAGUAGAACGAACAUUAGAUACAAAUGCUAAUGGUCACCUGCCUUGAAGCUCUCUACGGUUUCAGAAAUGGACAUGGAUUAACAGAGGUGAAGAGAAGUAAAAAAAAACCAACCCUUGAAUGUGCAUACCUAAUUGUGUCACCCUUUGGAUCCUGGCUCCUAUGAUCUUUUCUCAAUCAUGCACUUCAUUCUAUUAAAGCAGGAACCUUUUCCCAAAUAUUGCGCAAGUAUCUUACAGCAUAUAGUCUUUUCAAGUUUGCCUUACUGAGAAGAGCUUUAUAGUUAGCAUUUACUUGGUUGCUUUCCCCCUCUCCUUUUGCUUAAUUUGUAAUGCAUUUUUAUAGCAAAAGGUUCAAUAAGGGUACCUCUGUGUAUAUCAAUAUUUUUAUCAGUUUUUUUAUUAUUUUUUCAUAAAAUGAAAACAAAUGUAUAUUGUAAAAUGAAAUGUUUUAUGCUUUUUAUGUGGGAAGCUCCCAUCAAACCCAAUCUGAUUAGCCAAUCUAGUUAUAUCUGGGCUAGCAGGAUGGGUUCGCCUUUUUUGAUUCACAGUGUAACGUGAUAGAAGGAGAAUAAAGCAUUGGCAUCAACAGUGUUGUGAUCUGCAGUGCAAUAUUCUCCAAAGAUGCCUUAAUCUGAUAGAGGAAGUCAUGUGUAUUUGUAGUCUAUAUUCUCCAGAAACCAGAGAGUAUUUUUGUGUGUGUUUAUUGGGAAAAAAACCUAUAUGUAACCAAAAUUGGAAGUGAGGAUGGAAAACCUAACCCAUUGCUUUGAUCUAGCUUUUCAUGUAUAAUCUGCACGCACAAAACAAUUAGGCUCAGGUUCCCAUUAACUGAGCCGCCAGUGCCCCAAAAUGCAUGUGCAUCCUUAUAGAUCAUCUCCCUUAAUGGAAAUGAUGGGGGGGGAGCCAUUCUAGGUAAUGUUAUGUAUUCAUUACAAAGCACCCGCUUCACUACUAUAAUGGACAGAGCACAGGGCUUGGAGCUGCAAUGACUAAGGUCCAGAUCUCUUCUCAAAGCAAACUUGGUGGCCUUGGGCAAGACUCUUGUCUCUCAGGCCACAGGGUUGUUGUGAAAAUAAAAGGUGACACCCCCCCCCCCACACACACACCAACAUCUAAAGCGUCCCACAAACCCUUUGGAGAAGUGGUGGAAGACAAAUCUGAGUAACAGAUUCAUCCAUCACUGGAUUGGGGCCAGUUUGUUAUUGAGACUCUGUGGAACCUGAAAGAUCUCCAGGGACAUCUUUGGAUUCUUCUGAUACAUUAAUUAAAGAUGAAUGAGAGCUCACUCAUCCCCAAAGGCGUCAAUCUCAACAGAGGACUUGAUAUCACAAGAAGGUGUGUACAACUGCCCAGGCAAGUCCUGGAAGAUUCACAGCUCUUUCCAUUGGCUUCAGCCCUCUGUAGGUGCAGUCAGCAACAGUUUCCUUUUAACCCAGCCCUGUUAUUACUUUAGGCAACUGAAAAGCUCAUCUUAUUCUAUUCCCUUCCCACUACCUGUCCCCCAUGAGAGUAGGGACAAAGCUGCAUCCCUUGGUAUGGAACCUGGAAUAGCCACGUCCCCUAUAAUUAUGGACUUAAGUGUGAUGUAUGCACUGGUUGACUAUAUUCAAGAUGUGGGUCAAGUUGUUGAGUGUGAAAUAUUUGUCCUCUUUUUUUAAUGUCCUCCUAUGGGUCACUGUAAAUAAGAGUCAGUGUUUUUGUUUUUUUUGUUUUUUUAAAAAAGCUGUGCACUGUAAAUGUUAGGGGAUUCUCCAAAUAUUGUGUUACAAAGUCUUAUUUAAGUUGACAUAGAAAUAUGCACUAAAAUGAAGUAUAUACAAUAAAGAGUAUCUUCUGUACCAAUAAAA